AUGACUCUCUCGCGAGCUGAACUUGAGUCCAUCGCGGCUGUCCACGUUCGAGAGCCCCUUCCAGCCGACACCCUCACGGCCGCUUUCAACUCCGAACCAUUCAUCCCUAUUGAAUCGAUCAUCAACCUCCGCGAUCUAGGUGGUGUCCCCGGCAGCGCCAUACGCUCUGGGUAUAUCUUCCGUUCUGGUAUGCUUGACGCUGCCGCCGCCGACCCAGAAGCUAUGGCCUGGCUGGCUGCCAAUGUCAAGACUGUUUUUGACCUUCGCAGCAAGGAGGAGCGAGCUACGUAUCCCAGUCCAGAAAUAAGCGGCGUCAAGUUUGUCUUCUGCGAGCGCGUUGCUGAAUACCCCGAGCCUAAGCCCGUUGACUUUGCUGUUGAUGAUGGCAGAACUGCUUGGAGGGAGCAGCUGAUGGCAGUCAUAGCGGCGUACAAACCCUCUAUCCGAGCAGUCCUCGAACACGUGAGGGACAAACCGAACGAGCCUUGUCUCUUCCACUGCACUGCUGGCCGUGACCGCACAGGCGUCAUGGCAGGGCUCCUGCAGAUCCUUGCCGGCACAAAGCAACAAGUCGUCAUUUUCGAUUACAUGCUAUCACGGAUUGGUAUCGAGCCAGCACGCGAGCGUCUACUCUUGUUCGUAUUGGCAAACAUCGACGUGAAGAGCACUGAGGAGCCUGGCUUUUGGAACAUGGUCAGCCUACGCCCGAGCUUUUGGGAGGCUUUUGGUCAAGGUGCCAAAGCCGAGUAUGGAGGAUGGGAUGGUUACGUGAAGGGCCUUGGGUUCUCAACCAAGGAUAUGGAGAUCAUCAAGAAUAACUUGCGGGCUUAA